CCGCCGCCGCCGCACCCGUCGAUCGCGCCGCCGCCCGCGCAUCCCGUGUCCACCCACCCACCGCGCCCGCUCUCUCCGAGUCGUCCGUCCUUCCUGGUUCCUCCAUACUCCGCUGCCGCUCAGGCCCGUGCCCCUCGCGGAAGAAAGCCAACUUCUCUUCGGAAAUGGUGUACUGUUCUCACUGUGAUGAUGAUUGCCCAUAUGUAAAGGAUCCUGACAACGGGUUCACAUGUUGUGGAAUGUGUGGCAAGGUUAUUGAUCAGGAUAUGUAUACUGACGAGCCUACUUUUGUCAAGGACUCCUCGGGACAGAGCCGGCUUAGUGGACACAUUAUAGGCAUUGCGAAGGGCGGUUCACUAUCCCAUGAAAGAACUGAAGAGAAAGGGAGAGACGAGAUCUGGCAGAUUGUCCAUGGCCUGCAUGUGAGUGGUGGAGAUGAUAUCAUUUGCACUGCUCAUUACUUUUAUAAACUAGCUCUUGACAAUAACUUUACUAGGGGCCGACGAACAAGUCAUGUUGCAGCUUCUUGUCUUUACAUUGCUUGCCGGCGAAGUGAAAAACCCUAUCUUAUUGAUUUCUCGGACUAUUUGCAUAUAAGUGUAUAUGUCCUAGGUGCUGUUUUUCUGCAGCUUUGCCAAGUUUUGCUACUCGGAGAACACCCAAUUGUUCAAAAGCUUGUAGAUCCUAGCCUUUUCAUCCACCGUUUUACCGAACGUUUAUUGGGGAAAAGGGACAAUGCUGUCUCGUGCACAGCUUUACGCAUUGUAGCUAGCAUGAAGCGAGACUGGAUGCAGACUGGGAGGAAGCCAAGUGGUUUAUGCGGUGCAGCAUUAUAUAUAGCUGCACUUUCUCAUGGAUAUAUGUACACCAAGGCAGAUAUUGCUGCUGUUGUGCAUGUCUGUGAGGCAACACUAUUUAAGCGCUUGAUAGAGUUUGAAAAUACAGAUUCUGGUAGCUUAACGAUUGAAGAUUUUUUGGCAAAGGCUGAUGAAGAGCCGGUUUCAAAAUGUUUAGCCAAGUCUGGAGAAGUCCUUUGCGAGCACAAGGAUAAGGGUGCUGAGCAUUUUUCUCAUGGACUUUGUGAGGAAUGCUACGACAAUUUCACUGAACUGUCAGGUGGACUGGAGGGUGGUGUUGACCCUCCAGCUUUCCAGCGAGCUGAAAAACAAAGACUGGAUGCUGCUAAAAGAGCCAAGGAAGCUGUGGACGAGGCAAUAUGUGAGUUACAUAAGUUUGAAGAUAACAUCAUGAGCCCUGGGAAGAAGUCUGAAGGCAAAUCUUUGACAAUUGCUUCCAGCCAAAUUGCAAAUGAUUUUGUUGAUUUCAAAGAUUCAGAAGUGGAAGGUGAAAAUGGUAAAACUGGUUCUGAUGCAGAAAAUCUUUCUGAUAUUGAUGAUGCGGAGGUACUUUUAUCCAUGAGAUGUUGUUGA